CUAGCCAGCCAAAACUUAUUAACCAAACCAGUUUCCAGCUGAUUUUCUGUAUUCUUGUACUGCUAACACACAACACAUGACAAGUUGACAACACACACACACACACAUUUCUCUCUCUGCUAAAGCUCCGAAACUGUAAAGCAGAAUUUUCGUACCAUUCCAAUUACUCUUCUUUCUUGUUAUUAUUUUUAUAUACUUAUAUUAUAUAGUUCUAUGAUUAGCUGACUUUGAUCAAAUAUAAUAUUUUGAAUUUUGUGUAAUGGAGAGUACUGAUUCAUCAACCGGCUCUCAUCAGCAACCUCAACUGCCACCUGGCUUUCGUUUUCAUCCAACUGAUGAAGAACUUGUUGUUCAUUACCUUAAGAAAAAAGUAGCCUCUGUUCCUUUACCUGUUUCUAUUAUUGCUGAAGUUGAUCUUUACAAAUUUGAUCCUUGGGAACUUCCUGCUAAGGCAACGUUUGGAGAACAAGAAUGGUACUUCUUCAGUCCAAGGGAUAGGAAGUAUCCAAACGGGGCGAGGCCAAACAGGGCAGCAACUUCAGGUUAUUGGAAAGCUACCGGAACCGACAAGCCCGUGCUAACCGGCGGUGGGACUCAAAAAGUUGGUGUUAAGAAAGCACUAGUUUUCUAUGGAGGCAAACCACCAAAAGGGUUGAAAACAAAUUGGAUCAUGCAUGAAUAUAGACUUGCUGACAAUAAAACAAAUAAUAAUAAGCCCCCUGGUUGUGACCUUGCCAAUAAAAAAUCCUUAAGGCUAGAUGAUUGGGUUUUAUGUAGGAUUUACAAGAAGAACAAUACUCAAAGACCAAUAGAUCACGAGAGGGACGAUUUGAAUAUUGAUAUGAUGAUGGGAUCAUCAUCAAUUAAUCUACCAUGCCAUCCAAAUUCAAUGUCAAUGCCAAAUCCAUUUGGUCAACCAAAAAUUCCACCACUAAAAUCCUCAAAUUUUGGUACACUGUUUGAAAAUGACCAAAAUUUAUAUGAAGGAGGAUCCCAAUUUUCUUCAAAGAGACCAUUGGCAAAUUUGUACUGGAAUGAAGAUGGAGCAGCUAGUAACGACAAUUCUCAAUCAACAAAAAGGUUUUUAACGGAGAAUAUGGAGGACGGGUUAAAUAUGAAUGCUCGAGCAGAUGAACAGAAUGGAUCUAUCGUAAGUCUUCUGAGUCAACUUCCUCAAACUCCGUCACUUCAUCAGCAACAAGCUCUGGGGUCUCUUAGUGACGGAGUUUUUCGACAACCUUAUUCGGGGAUGAACUGGUACUCUUAGACAUCAAAUCAAAGAAAACAAAUAUUUUCAAGAAAAAAAUUGAUAUUGUGAAAUCAUAUUAUAUACCCUAGAAAGAUGUUUCAUUAUUACAGGUUCCCUAACUAAUUAUUAUUGGCUCAGUAUUUUCGCAGAUUAUUAACGACGGUAUUAAAUUAGAUUAGUGGGAAUUGCUGGAUUUGGGUAUUGAGAUUUUGUUGUAGUAGCUAUAUAUAUAGUAGUAGCUAAGUAAGAAGAAUUUUAGAUGAUUUACAGUUGGUGAAAAAAGAAUUUAGGCGAGACCCUGUACCUUUAUUUUAUUAACCGUCUGUCUUUACUUUAUAGUAUAUAAAAAUACAUAGAUCUCCAAGGUUGGUAUGUGAAUAGAGAUGCAUAGAAACAAAUCUUGUAAUCAUAUAUAAUCUAUAUCUUAUUGGAAAAGAAAUAUUCUGCA